CGCCGCCGCGGAGCCCGUACGGCGGGGGAGGGCUUCCGGGCCGUGGGCCUGACUCCUCAGAGCUGCUGUCAUGGCGGGUGCUCUGUGGGGCUUCUUUUCCAUCCUGCUGCUGUUACUCUCAGGAGAUGCCCACAGCUCGGAGGUGCCUGGGGCUGCUGCCGAGGGCCCGGGAGGUGGUGGGGUCGGCCCGGGAGAUCGCUUCAAGAUCGAGGGACGUGCGGUCGUUCCAGGGGUGAAGCCUCAGGACUGGAUCUCCGCGGCCCGAGUGCUGGUAGACGGAGAAGAGCACGUCGGCUUCCUUAAGACAGAUGGGAGCUUUGUGGUUCAUGACAUUCCCUCUGGCUCUUACGUAGUGGAAGUUAUCUCUCCAGCUUACAAGUUUGAUCCUGUGCGAGUUGAUAUCACUUCAAAAGGAAAAAUGAGAGCAAGAUAUGUGAAUUACAUCAAAACAUCAGAAGUGGUCAGAUUACCCUAUCCUCUCCAAAUGAAAUCUUCAGGUCCACCUUCUUACUUUAUUAAGAGGGAAUCGUGGGGCUGGACAGACUUUCUGAUGAACCCAAUGGUUAUGAUGAUGGUUCUUCCAUUAUUGAUAUUUGUGCUUCUGCCUAAAGUGGUCAACACAAGUGAUCCUGACAUGAGACGGGAGAUGGAGCAGUCAAUGAACAUGUUGAAUUCCAACCACGAGUUGCCUGAUGUCUCAGAGUUCAUGACAAGACUCUUCUCUUCAAAAUCCUCUGGCAAAUCCAGUAGUGGCAGCAGUAAAACAGGCAAAAGUGGGGCUGGCAAAAGGAGGUAGUCAGGCCGCAGCUGCCGUCGCACAAACUUGCCUACACCAGGGGGCGUCCGGUCCUGAGGAAACCCGUGUGAAGCGACUACUGUAAACUGAGUCAUCCUGAAAGUUGAUCUCGUACAACUGUUGUCUAUGUUGAUUUCUUAACACAUGUUUUGUACUUGGUACACAAGAAAACCCAGCUUUCAUCCUUUGUCUGUAUGAGGUCAAUAUUAAUGUCACUGAAUUAAUUACAGUGUCCUAUAGAGAAUGACAUUAAUAAAUUAUAUGAAGUACUAUA